AUGCCAAAAAGUAUAACGUCAAAAUUUUUGCCCAACGAGGACGAAAUUUUAGUUGUUGAAGUAGAGAAAGAACCCGCUAUUUAUGACAGUUCUCUCGAAAAACACAAAGACUAUGGUUAUUUAAGUAAAUGUUGGAACAAUAUUUCGGCUGUAGUUGGAAAAUCAUCUGAGGAUUGUAAAUAUCGAUGGCGGAAUAUACGUGAUACCUACAUGCGGCACAAAAAAAAACUUGGUACUGGAUCUCCGGCCAUAUUGUCCAAAAAAAAAUGGCCUUUAGCUGGUUAUUUGUCAUUUUUAGAUAAUGUUGAGUAUGAAAGAAUUACGGUAUCGAAUGUUUGCAAUGAUCAAGACUCAACAAUAGUUGAAAGUAGCCAAGAUAAUUCCGGAGAUCCAUUGAAUGAAUCAACUGAAGAAAUAGCUGAAGAGGUCAUACACGGGAAAAGAUCGAGAGACAAGCAUGCACAAUUAGCGUAUGUUAAAAGAAUGAAUGACAGAACAGCAAUAAUAAAUAGCAUACAAGCCCAAAAUGAAGCAAUUUUGGGUAGAGAAUCAUCAACUGACGAGAUAGAUUUAUUUUUUAAGAGCAUUGCAAUUUCAGUGAAGAAGCUACCUCCCAGAGGCAAAAGUGAAGCUAAAAUUAGUAUAUUAUCUUUGGUUGCACAGCUCGAAGAUAAAUACCUAGAUAACACUGGAGCACAACCCACUCAACCGAUGUUCCAAACACCCACUCAAAUGAUGUUUCAAACACCCUCUAGGUCUUCAGAUUUUAACAAUAUUAUGUCACUUUCGAGCACACCAUCGCCAAGCCUCAGUUCAUCAUCGGCUACUUCUCAAGGAUUUGAUCCAUAUAGGUUAUUCUGCCAUGAAACAGCGCCUUCGUUAUUAAAAAAGUCCUUAUAUGCUUCUCUGACGUCAAAUCCUUCAGCGUUUGCAAAACCACCUCCUCUUGCAAUUGGAAUUAUAUUGUUAAUUGGUACCGGUUCUCUUGAAUCAAAUUCUCUAAAUGCUCGUCCAUUUUCUUCUAAAUAUGCAUCUCUUAGCAUGUUAUGCAAACAGCAAGCUACUGUGAUUAGGUCAUCACAUGUCGAUGGUUCAAUGUUUAUAGACUGA